GGGGGCGGCGCCCGGCGCCUCUUCGACUUCGCCGCCCCCCCGCUGGACGAGGCCUUCGAGGAGCCCCCCGAGUUCGCCAAGAUCCUCCCCGACGGGCUGGCCACCAUCAUGAAGAUGCUGGACGAGUCCAUCCGGCAGGAGGACGAGCGCGGCGCCGCCUUCCCCGCCGCGCCGCCGCCGCCGCUGCCGCCAUCACCGGCUGUGCCGCUGCUGCCGGGACCACCACCGCCGCCGCUACCACCGUCACCGGCUGUGCCGCUGCUGCCGGCACCGUCCCCCACUGUCCCCCUGCUGCCGGGGCCACCACCACCACCGCUGCCGCCGUCACCGGCUGUGCCGCUGCUGCCGGGGCCACCACCACCACCGCUACCGCCGUCACCCGCCGUCCCCCUGCUGCCGGGGCCACCACCACCACCGCUACCACCGUCACCGGCUGUGCCGCUGCUGCCGGCACCGUCCCCCGCCGUCCCCCUGCUGCCGGGACCACCACCACCGCCGCUACCACCGUCACCGGCUGUCCCCCUGCUACCGGGACCACCGCCGCUGGCACCGUCACCCGCCGUCCCCCUGUUACCAGGGCCGCCACCGCUACCGCCGUCACCGGCUGUGCCGCUGCUGCCGGGAGCACCGCCGCUGCCACCAGCACCCGCCACCCCGGUGCUGCCAGGGUCACCGCCCACCGUCCCGCUGCUGCCGGGGCCGCCGCUGCCGUCACCUGCUGUCCCCUUGUUACCGGGGCCACCACCGCCGCCGCCUGUUGUCUCCGCUGUCCCCAUGUUACCGGGGCCACCGCCGCCUGUUGUCUCCACCGUCCCGCUGCUGCCGGGGCCACCAGCACCGCCAACCACCGUCCCCAUGCUGCCGCCACCGCCGCCCGCUGUCCCCAAGCUCGCGGGGCCACCGCCACCAGCACCCACUGUCCCCCUGCUGCCACCACCGCCGCCACCCGCCGUCCCACUGCUGCCGGGACCACCGCCGCCGCCGACGACCGUCCCCACCAUCGCACAGCUCCCGGGGCCGUCACCGCCACCACCACUGACUGUCCCAACCAUCGCACAGCUCUCGGGGCCGUCACCGCCACCGCCGACUGUCCCCACCACGGCGCGGCUGCCAGGGCCGUCACCCCCGCCGCCGACUGUCCCCACCACGGCGCGGCCAUCGGGGCCGUCCCCGCACGCGCGCCCCAAGGGCCGCUUCAAGGAGUCCUACCUGUCCCCGGCGCAGUCGGUGAAGCCGCGCGUGGACCCGCAGCAGCCGCUGCCGCGCGAGCGCCUCAACCCGCCCACGCCCAGCAUCUACCUGGAGAGCAAGCGCGACGCCUUCUCGCCGGUGCUGCUGCAGUUCUGCACCGACCCCAAGAACCCCAUCACGGUGAUCCGCGGGCUGGCCGGCUCGCUGCGCCUCAACCUGGGGCUCUUCAGCACCAAGACGCUGGUGGAGGCGAGCGGCGAGCACGCGGUGGAGGUGCGCACGCAGGUGCAGCAGCCCUCCGACCAGAACUGGGACGUGGGCGGCACGCGCCAGGUGUGGCCCUGCGAGAGCAGCCGCUCGCACACCACCAUCGCCAAGUACGCCCAGUACCAGGCCUCCUCCUUCCAGGAGUCCCUGCAGGAGGAUAAGGACAGCGAGGACGACGAGGCCGAAGAGCCCGACAGCACCACCGAGACCACCCCCAGCAACCCCGAGCAGAAAUCCCACCAGAUCAUCAAAUUCGGGACCAACAUCGACCUCUCGGACGCCAAGCGGUGGAAGCCGCAGCUGCAGGAGCUGCUCAAGCUGCCCGCCUUCAUGCGCGUCUCGUCCACGGGCAACAUGCUGAGCCACGUGGGCCACACCAUCCUGGGCAUGAACACCGUGCAGCUCUACAUGAAGGUGCCCGGCAGCCGCACGCCGGGGGGCGGGCCCGGCAGAGCUGGCCCCGCCCCCAGGCACGGCGUGGACUACCUGACGGGCUCGUGGUGGCCGGUGCUGGAGGACCUGUACACGGCGAACAUCCCGGUGUACCGCUUCAUCCAGCGGCCCGGAGACCUGGUGUGGAUCAACGCCGGCACCGUGCACUGGGUGCAGGCCACGGGCUGGUGCAACAACAUCGCCUGGAACGUGGGGCCGCUCACCGCCUACCAGUACCAGCUGGCGCUGGAGCGCUACGAGUGGAACGAGGUGAAGAACGUCAAGUCCAUCGUGCCCAUGAUCCACGUGUCGUGGAACGUGGCCCGCACCGUCAAGAUCAGCGACCCCGACCUCUACAAGAUGAUCAAGUACUGCCUCAUGCAGUCCAUCAAGCACUGCCAGGUGCAGCGCGAGAGCCUGGUGCGCGCGGGCAAGAAGAUCGCCUACCAGGGCCGCGUCAAGGACGAGCCGGCCUACUACUGCAACGAGUGCGACGUGGAGGUCUUCAACAUCCUGUUCGUGACGAGCGAGACGGGCGGGCGCAACACGUACCUGGUGCACUGCGAGGGCUGCGCGCGGCGCCGCAGCAGCGCCCUGCACGGCGUCGUCGUCCUCGAGCAGUACAAGACCGAGGAGCUCAUGCAGAUCUACGACGGCUUCACGCUGGUGGGUGACCGCCGCGCCCGGGGACACCCAGGGACA